AUGUUCCCGUCCAUUAUUUUAACCUUCAUCUUAUGUUUCACAUUAUUUUCAACAACAAUUUCAUCGAAAUCAAUUGUAAUUGAAGUAAAAGGUGAUUGUGAAACAGUUGGUGGAAGAAUUGCACAUGAACAUGGAUAUCGAUAUGUUCGACAAAUUUUUGAUGGAUUUUGUGAAAUUGAAGAAGAUCCAUUAUCUGUUAAUCAUCGACGACAUCGACGAGCUAUUCAACAAGGAUUCAAUCCAGCUGAUAUUAUUUCAAAAGAUGAAGAUGUUGAAUGGGCUGAAUAUCAAAUACCAAAAACACGUAGAAAACGUGAAUUUCUUUUUAAUGAUCCACAAUGGAAUUCAAUGUGGUAUUUGAUAAGACAUUCUCAGACACCCCAUUUACCUGAUUUAAAUGUAACAGGAGCUUGGGAAAUGGGCUAUACAGGUCGUGGACAAGUUGUAACAUUUCUUGAUGAUGGUUUAGAAUAUGAUCAUCCAGAUUUACAAGAGAAUUAUGACAAAGAUGCUAGUACAGAUAUUAAUGGUAAUGAUGAUGAUCCAACACCACGUUAUGAAGUGACAAAUGAGAAUAAACAUGGAACACGAUGUGCUGGUGAAGUAGCAGCAAAAGUUAAUAAUAAUAUAUGUGGAGUUGGUAUUGCUUAUCAUGCUAGAGUUGGUGGUAUUCGAAUGUUAGAUGGUGAUGUAACAGAUAGUGUUGAAGCACGAUCACUUAGUCAUCGACCAGAUCAUAUUGGUAUUUAUUCUGCUAGUUGGGGACCUGAUGAUAAUGGUCUUGUUGUUGAUGGACCUGGUCGUUUAGCAAAGAAAGCAUUUGAAAAUGGUGCUUUACAUGGACGUGAUGGUAAAGGAUCUAUUUUUGUUUGGGCAAGUGGUAAUGGUGGACGUCAAUCUGAUUCAUGUGCUUGUGAUGGUUAUAUAACUUCAAUAUAUACUAUUGCUAUUAGUGCUACAACCGAACAUGGUGAUAAACCAUGGUAUCUUGAAGAAUGUUCAGCUACUCUUGCAUCAGCUUAUAGUAGUGGUCAAUCAAGUAAUGGUGAACGAGACAUUUAUACUACUGAUUUAAAUCAUGCUUGUACAGCUCAUCACACAGGUACAUCAGCUGCAGCACCAUUAGCUGCUGCUAUUUAUGCUCUUGUCCUUGAGGCAAAUCCUGACUUAACUUGGCGUGAUAUAAUGCAUAUAACAGUUCUUGGUUCACGUCCAGAUGCAAUUCCAUCGAAUAAUAAUAUUGUUCGAAAUGCUGCUGGUCUUAGUGUAAGUAAUAGAUUUGGUUUUGGUUUAAUGGAUGCUGGUUUAAUGACAUGGUAUGCAAGUGGAUGGAAAAAUGUUCCAUCAAUGUCAACAUGUGAAUCAGUAACAGAUAAUCCAAAACGAGUCAUACCAUCACGUUCAAAUGAAAUAUUCUCAUUGAAUCUAAUGGAAUGUAAAGAUGAUAUUGAUCCAACACAUGAAGUUAAUUAUAUUGAACAAGUACAAAUUUUCGUUACUCUAUUAACUGAUAGACGUGGUGAAAUUGAACUAUUUCUCUAUUCACCAUCUAAUACAAGAACACAAAUAUUACCCAAACGAGAACGUGAUAUGAGUAAUAAAGGUUUUCAAGAUUGGCCAUUUUUAACCGUACAAUUAUGGGGUGAAGUACCACACGGACAAUGGAAACUUCAAGUAGUUAAUACUGGCGGAGGUUCAGCAACAUUAAUAACUUGGAAAUUACUCGUUCAUGGUACUCGUGAAUAUCCAAUUUCACCACGUUCUGAAACCAAACAAUUAACAUUCGGAUCUGAUCGACCUAGUUGUCAUAUUGAAUGUAAUCCUGAUAAACCAUGUGGUAACACUGAUACAAACUGUACGUCAUGUCGUCAUCUAAAACAACCAUUGUCUGAUGGAAAAUUUCGUUGUGUUGGUAUUUGUCCUGAAGGAACUUAUACAAAUGAAGAAGAUAAAUUAUGUUUACCAUGUCAUUCUCAAUGUGGUUCAUGUCGAAAUGCAAGUGAAUAUAGUUGUAUUAGUUGUAAAACAGAUUUCUUUCUUAUACAUGAUACUAUGACUUGUGUUGAAUCAUGUCCUGAACAAUAUUAUACAGAUAAUCAUCUUCGAAAAUGUAUUCAUUGUAAAAAUGAUUGUGCAUCAUGUGAUACAAGUUCACAAAUAUGUACAUCGUGUCCUGAUGGUUAUGCACUUAAAGAUACAGAUUGUAUUAAAGCAUCAAAAAAAUGUCAAUCAAAUGAAUAUUUUAGUUUUACUGAAAAUGAUUGUCGAUGGUGUGAUUCAAGAUGUUUAACAUGUAGUGGGUCACGAUCUGAUCAAUGUAAAUCAUGUGAUAAAACAAGCAAAUAUCCAUAUCUUCAAUAUCGUACAUGUGUAUCAUCAUGUUCAACAGGAUUUUAUUUUUCAAAAAAUUUAUUUCAAUGUCUUCCAUGUCAUGAAACAUGUUUAAAUUGUACAUCAUCAAGUGAAUCAUCUUGUACAUCUUGUAAAAUUGGUUAUGUUUUUCUUUCUGAUAAUCAUCGUUGUGAAAAACAUACUGGUAAACCAUAUUAUCUUGAUGUAAAUACAGGUGAAACACAUACAUGUCAUGGCUCAUGUACACAAUGUAAAGGACCUAAACCAAAUGAUUGUAUUGCAUGUAAUUCAAUGAAUGAAGUACUUCUUGAUGAUGGACAUUGUGUUAAUCAAUGUCCAUCAAGUUUCUAUAAAAGUCAAAAACAAACAAUGGAUUAUCAGACGAAUGUAUGUUUACCAUGUUCAAUUGGAUGUAAAAAAUGUAAUAAUAUAAGUCAAUGUUAUCAAUGUGAUGAAUCUAAAGGAUAUAAAUUAAUAAAUUCAGUUUGUGUACCAAAUUGUAAACCACGGACAUUUUUAUCUGAUGAUCGUUGUGAAUCAUGUCAAAAUCCAUGUAUAACAUGUAUGAAUUUAACAAGUUGUUUAACAUGUGUUGAUCAAUUUCUUUUAUUAAAUGAUCAAUGUGUAGAAGAAUGUCCGGAAGGUUAUUAUUUAUAUGAUCAACAAUGUUUACAAUGUCAUCCGAUUUGUAAU